UUAAAAAUGCGUCCUUAAACUUUUCGGAUAAAGAUAAAAUGCCUUCGCCAAAAAUUAAAGGAGGUAUAAACUAUAAUGUAAUGAAAAGUUCCAUGGACGUACAUAUAUUAGAACCAAUACAAAAGACGGACAAACAGUAUUCGCCAAAGGAGUCUGAAAAGUUUUCAGAUAAAUCAGAAGAACCUGAUGUUUUGCCAACCGUCAUUGCGAUUGACGAUUAUAAAGAAGAUUGUUUAGCCGAAGAGGAAGAAGCUAAUAGUAGAGCUGAAGAUUUAGAUAAACACGUCCAUAACGAGCCCCCUACUAAAAAAAUUAAAAUGGUCUUAAAUCCCGCAGCUGUGCAUAUAAAGAAAGUGGAUGAAACUAUAAAAGCAUUCAACGCAGAUGAUCGAAAACCUAAAUAUCAAUCAAAUAUCAACAUACUACCGACAAAUAUUAAACACAAGGAAGAGACAUGUGUCGCAUUGGGACAUUCCAGUAAACCAGCUUUUUCCACCAAAAAAUUUAGUUGUAAUCGGUUUGAUGAUGACCUUCAAGGCUUAGUAGGAGUGGAAUAUGUUGUUAAAAUUAAUAAACCAAAUCAUAACCAGUCGAAUUACGAAUGCGGCCUUUGUGAGGUUACUGAUGAUGGAUUAGGCAUGCAAAACCAUUUACUUGGUUACAAUCAUCGGCUUAAGUUUUGUGAAAGACAUUUUCCCACAGCCUUACGUCAGUAUCGUCAAUAUAUACGUAAUGUGAAACCCAAUGAAGUUUACAAAGUUAUGACACCCAUAUUAAAAAGGUUAGCGAUUGGGAUUGAGCAGCACCAUGGUCGGGAUUUACCAUAUGAAUGUCUUGAAAAUGAAUUUAACAUAAAUCGACACGAGAUAUUAUCAAAAGUUUUUUCAAGUCGUCAUGCUUCUGAGCAAAACGGACCUACUUUUACACAUAUAAUUGAUUCAAAGGAGGUCGAUGCUUUGAUAUCGGAUCUUGAUAAAUACCAGCCACCCCCUAAUAUUUCUAAAAAGAUUUCAUUUGAUUUACGUGCGAAUGCAACUCCAUUUAAAUAUCAAAAUACUGUAAAUCGAAAACGAGUUAAUUGUAAUUCUUACGUAGACACUGGACAUGAAGCACAAUCGUACAAUUCAUUAUUACACCGUUAUGAUAAUGUUGUAGUAUCUGGAGUUCAAACACUAGAUAUUGAUACUCAUAAACUUAUGGUAGACGAUUUUUUGAAAAAUACUUGCAAACAACCAUUUAGGCCACGUCAUUCUUCUUCACGCCAUAUUUCACCAGUUUGGAAAUUGAGUUCAAAGCAUAAAUCCCUUUCUCCAUUACGUGAGAAUAACAUUGGGCAGGCAUAUCGGCACUUUGUUGACCAGAAAGUUAUGGAAUUAAAUGAAUUAUUUCAAAUCUAUCGGAAUAAUCCCGAAACACAUCCAGAUUAUGAUCAAGAAUGGGAAAUGUUUUGGAAGCGGCGUAAAAACGAAUUAAUCGUGUCGGGAUUAGAUCAUCGAACAUACAAUUAUCAGCCAGAAUGGGUAAGGUUUUUUAAUAUUCGUAUUGAAGAGUUAUAUAAUCAAGCUGUGGAAAACAUUAAAAUUGAUGCGCGUGAAAGGUUAUAUUUACCUAUGUCAAAUGAAAAUCCAUUAGAUGAAAAAAUGAACGAUAUGAAGACUGCCGCUGAUUUCGAAUAUAAUAAACAUCCGAUAAAAGAGUUAAAAUUUGGUAUUGAAGAAUACACUACAAAACCGCAAGUAGUCUCGGUGCUUCGCCUACUUACAGCUUUAGAAGCCUAUUUGGGUAGUUUAGGCCCGAAAAUUGUAGAGCUCUUAUCUAAAGCCCUUCAAGUAGAGAAAAAUAAUCCGUCUCAAUUGGAUUCCCUAAUAAUGACAUCAGAAAACUGUAGUCUAUUAGAAACUGCCAUGGAGAAAUUUAAAGGUAUAAUUAUUACUGACAUUUUAGAUGACGUUAAGCAGAAAGUUUUGAGGAAAGCUGUAGACCAAGUAAGGGAUCUAUUAUAUCAAAAUGCUAACAGAUUGAAGAAAUCUGAUUCUAUAACGAAUUGGGCGGAAAUUCCAAAACAAAAUUACAUUUCCAGCAAAAAUCAGCUGUUCGCAGCACAAGUAGAUAAAAAGGAGUUGGCAUUGAAAUUAUCCAACUUGCUUGCUGCUCAAGGAAAAACUGAUAUUGAUCCCAUUCAGCUUCAAAAAAUUAUAUCAGUUUAUAUGCUAAUUGAGAAAAAAAAACAAGAGUCUUUAAUUAUUUCCAAAGGCGAAUCAGGAGAUUUACUUAACCAAAAGAAUAUAUGUGACCAGACAUCAGGAAAUUAUUCGAGAUUCUUUGAACCAAGUCGUUCACAAGGAAGCACAGAUUCUCAAUUUCCUGUAUAUGGCAACAAACAUACUGAUAUAAUUUCAAGUGAAAACCUUAGCAAUGUAACAUUUUGUAACAGCAACCAUUAUAAUAGUAACGGAAGUGCGAUAUUUGCAAAUAGUUAUCAACAAUAUAUGAAUAGCGGCGGGUCUCAAUCCAGACAACAAGUUGACGCAAUGACAAAAAAUAUUAAUUGGACUACCCAUUCACCGAAAGGACAAAAUAAGCGAAACAAUAAAUGGAAUGGAAAUAAUUCGCAUUGGAGAAAAUUUUAAAGUACUUUUAAAAUAUUUUUAAAUAUGUAAAUAAUAACUGUAUUAAAAUCCAAGGCAUAGCGAACAUAUUGUAUAUGUAUGUCUUUAAGGUUUAUAAACGUGUUUGAUUUAAUUGGAAACUAUUUUGCGAAAAAUAAAAAUAACUAAUUCCACAUA